GCAAAAACUCGCCAGUCAGUUUAUAAACAAAUCCCAAGAAGGUAGCAACGAUAAGGAACACUGAUCCUCAGCACGCACAGGUAGACACAAAUGGGAAAUUCGUAAUUUGCAAAGUGAAUUGAGCGAAGGUCAUCAAUGUUCAAAAUGAAGUGAGAAAGUACUUUGACGGAAAGGUUAAUGCAAUCUGGGUAUUUGCUUUGUUUGACUUGAAUCACUGAGUACAUACAAUAUAAGUGCCUCACCAUGGUACACUGCUCUUUUCUAUUGUUGGCUUGGAUCCUGGCCUUCGUAGCUCCCUUACCCAGUUUUGGAUAUUCUCCUCGAGAGGACGAAAGACUGAUUCGCGAAUAUAAGCAGCAACUGGAGCUAAACCACGCCAAGAUCGCCAGAGACCUAGUGCAUCGAGCGAAUUGGGCUGCUGUGGGCAGUAUCUCCACAAAUAAAAUCGUCGAGGGUUAUCCCAUGGUCAACAUCAUUUCCACAGACGAUAGCGACUCCGACGGCAAAUCCACUGGCCGGAUACGUUUUCUGCUCACUGAUUUGGACUUUACUGGCCCGGAUUGGGAGCAUAACAACAAGGUGACCCUAAUGUUCAGCGAUGACCAGACGUUGAAUUGCCAGAAAGCGGGCAAAGAUCCAAUGGAACCCACUUGUGCUCGCACCAUGCUGAGUGGACAGGUGAAGAAGAUAAAUCCAAACGAUAGCAGUUAUCAGCCCGCCCUGGAUGCUUUCGAGAAACGUCAUCCUGCAGCCAAUAAUUGGAUUAAAGCCCACAAUUUCUACCUAUGCGAGUUGGAAAUUCGCAACAUCUUUGUUCUUGACUUCUAUGGAGGCCCGCACCAGGUCAGCGCCUCGGACUAUUACGCUAUUAAGGCGUAGAUUACUCAUUUGGGAAACAACCUGACGCCUCAUUCUAUUUUUUAAUGCGCCACAAUAUAAAUGAUAAGUCAUUUGAUCAAGGAAUUGAAAGAAUAAAUAAGUAAACAAACAGAA